AGAAAUUAGUCUUAAAAUUAUCGAAACGUAGUGCUUCCAUUGAGAUAAAAAUCAUUUGGGCUAACUGCUUCUGGCGUGUCCAUGUGAGCACGCACACCCAACUGGAUUGUCAUGUCAAAACCUUAUAAAACUAAAGCGAAAGCCGCGUUCUGUCUAUCUUGAUUAUAGGGCAAUGGGUUGGUUCCAAGGAAUCUGGUUCCACUAUCUCUUGAAUAAGCUCAGCUCCUCUAAGGGAUCAGCUCAAUUGUAUCUAGAUUUCCUUUCGACUUGUUUUAGGCUAUUACUGCUGUCCCAACCGAUUGUCCACCGUGAAUGAGUUUAUGCCACUCGGAUGACGUGCUGAACGCCUCGGAGCAGGUUGUCAAUCAGGUUGUCGCACAUACUCGUCCAACCCGAGCGGCGCCUUAAUAAUUGAUCCCGCCUGCAGCUGGACGACGAUGAUGACGGCAGUUGAGUGGGUCGGAUGCGAUGAGGUGCUACACAGGGAGAAAACUCAGCAAGCAAUAGGGUUACCUUGACUAGAGCUAUUAUUGUGGGUGGAAAGGAAGCAGGUGUAGUAAGUUAGUGUAGUUAUCUGCUUGACAUCACUCACUUAUCAAAAAUAAUUAUUCUACUUUAUCGAUCUACAUAUGUAUAUUCUCGGUGCAUAUGACGGCAUGUGAUGAUGGGUGGUGACUGCGCCUUGGUAUAUGGUCUCCAAUGGAUGGUGGUGCUGACAGGCACCGACUGCAGCGACGCCAACUCCAACUGGGCCAUGACGUGAGGCGACGCAUCAGAGCGGAGCCCAAAGGAAGCGUGUGAAAUCCCAUUUGGCUAAUGGCCAACGGCGUCAGCAGGAAAAUCAACCUGUUUCGCAUUGCCCACCCGCCCCUUUGCCGGCCCCUUUGAAACUGGGAAAACUCGCUUCCAAUUUCCACAGCGACACAACGCGAAUGUGGGCCAACCAGCGUGUCUUCUGUGUUGGUGGGCAAACGGGUUUUUCAUUCGGGUUCUGCAACUGUUUUUUUUGGCGACUCGCUGACACGCUGGCCUCCUUUUUCCUCGCUUCCAGCACUGGCACUCCUAGCUUUUCCACUUGCUGCGCUGUGCUUGUGCUGAUUUUCCUCAUUUUCCUGCAGCAGGAGAUCGGGCAUAGGGGCGAAAUCUGGGGAAAAUGUAAUGAGAUGGGGCCCUUCCAGGCGAGAUUUUCCAAGGCGCUGGCCUGGGUGGCUCAGCAGGGUGUGUCGGGGUCACCUUUGUUGCCGUUUUUUCGGGGGUGGUUAACCAUAAAACGAGGCGCCGAAAUUCUGGGCCUUGGGUUCUCGCUGGGUGGCGCGAUGAUAUCAGCCUUAGGGGUGGAUGUUUUUCCGCUCGGAGAACGAAGCUCUAAGACCAAACCCACCCCCGGGCUCGUCCACACAUAAUCAUAAUCAAAAGUGCCCUACUGGAACUGGAAAUCAAUACCGGAGCAGGGCACAGCAUUGCUCAUACGCAACGUGAGCCGAGCACAGAACUUGGGACCUAAUCAAAAGUGAUUCACCCCAUAGGGCCAAAGCCAGCAAACGUUGCAUGCAUCAACAUAAAUCUGUGUGCGGCGAAUCCCAUGCAAAUCCGAGAAUGUUUCCCUUCGCCUGACCCACAUCUCCUGCUGAUUUGAAAUUCGAAUUCGUCGCGAGUUCAUCGGCACUCCGGCAAACUUCCCACAACAAGCCAAACAACACACAGCAAAAAGGCCAAACACAAAUUUAUGCUCGGAACCCACAACACAAGGAGCUCAUAUUUAUGGAUGCUGGUUUGGCUGGGCGCAGGCCAAGAAGUGCUUUAAAAUGCUUUAUGAAUUCCUUCUGCCUUCAGAGCGCUUAUAUAAUCAACGAUUUCCUUAAGAACAAGUAUAUGCGGCUAUGGUAAACAUGUUAAUUGUUGUAAAAAAUUUCGAAAUAUAUAAACAAAUUAUAACACUGUAUACACCAUAUGGUCAUAGCUCAAGUCGCAUUAGUUUGCUAAUGUAUUCUAACAUUAGUUAGCUUAAUAUAUAUUUAGAUAGUAUUUUGUGCAUACAAGUAAAAUAGGUUAAUCUUUCGUACCAAAACUAGUGUGCAAACUUGAUCAUAUAUUAUGGUAUUUAGUUUAGAUUCAUUCUUAAUCCCUUGAAGAUGAUUCUUAUGUACCAAAUGUAUCUUAGAAAUACCUUGAGAUCUGACUUACGAGCUUGACAGCUGUCUUCAACUGAUGUCGCAAUCACAAAUACCAAAUGAUUUCAACGGAUUAAGGGAACCUUUUUAAUUAUAAGGGCUGGCUCAUUACCAUAAUAACAUGUUUUGGACGUCAGAGAUCGUCGCCCACUCAAUUAGGUCCUGCAAGUAAUCACGUCAUUAAACACGGCCAGGUGUCUUUUGUUCGGACUGCAAAACAAUUAUUAAACCAUUAGGAGCUAUUCAUGUGGCGCUAUAUAAGGAUAUAAGGAAAGGGUUCUGCAAGCGGUUAAAAUCAUGUAUCCGCGAUUUCUCAGCCGUAACUAUCCGCUGGCCAAGCAUUUGUUCUUCGUCACCAGAUACUCCUUUGGCCUGCUGGGUCUGAGAUUUGGCAAAGAGCAAUCGUGGCUACACCUCUUGUGGCUGGCGUUCAAUUUCGUGAACCUGGCGCACUGCUGCCAGGCGGAGUUCGUCUUCGGCUGGAGUCACUUGCGCACCAGUCCCGUGGACGCCAUGGACGCCUUCUGUCCGCUGGCCUGCAGUUUCACCACGCUCUUCAAGCUGGGAUGGAUGUGGUGGCGUCGCCAGGAAGUAGCUGAUCUGAUGGACCGCAUCCGCUUGCUAAUCGGGGAGCAGGAGAAGAGGGAGGACUCCCGUAGAAAGGUGGCUCAAAGGAGCUACUAUCUUAUGGUCACCAGGUGUGGGAUGCUGGUCUUCACCCUGGGCAGCAUUACCACUGGAGCCUUCGUCCUGCGCUCCCUUUGGGAAAUGUGGGUGCGCCGGCAUCAGGAGUUCAAAUUCGACAUGCCCUUUCGCAUGCUGUUCCACGACUUUGCACAUCGCAUGCCCUGGUUUCCAGUUUUCUACCUCUACUCCACAUGGAGUGGCCAGGUUACUGUGUACGCAUUUGCUGGAACAGAUGGCUUCUUUUUUGGCUUUACCCUCUACAUGGCCUUCUUGCUGCAGGCCUUAAGAUACGAUAUCCAGGACGCCUUCAAGCCAACAAGAGAUCCCUCGGUUAGGCAAUCCAAAAUCUGCUGUCAGCGAUUGGCGGACAUCGUGGAUCGCCACAAUGAGAUAGAGAAGAUUGUCAAGGAAUUUUCGGGAAUCAUGGCUGCUCCCACUUUUGUUCACUUCGUAUCAGCCAGCUUAGUGAUAGCCACCAGCGUCAUUGAUAUACUUUUGUAUUCCGGCUAUAACAUCAUCCGCUACGUGGUGUACACGUUCACGGUUUCCUCGGCCAUAUUCCUCUAUUGCUACGGAGGCACAGAAAUGUCAACUGAGAGCCUUUCCUUGGGAGAAGCGGCCUACAGCAGUGCCUGGUACACUUGGGAUCGGGAGACCCGCAGGCGGGUCUUUCUCAUUAUCCUGCGAGCUCAACGACCCAUUACGGUGAGGGUGCCCUUCUUUGCACCUUCGUUACCAGUCUUCACAUCGGUCAUCAAAUUUACAGGUUCGAUUGUGGCACUGGCUAAGACUAUACUGUGAAUAUGAGAGUGCUGAAUUAAAAAAAUAAGCAAGCACUUAAAUUUAAUGGCUACUAUUAUUACUAGUUUGUGGUUGUAGCCUAGCCCGAAAGUAUGCAAUUCACAUAAUACAAGAACAAUUGUGCAGACUCCAAGUCAAUUAAUUGCCGGGGUCAAGGGUUCAAGUGUGGGAUUAUAGGGCUUGAGGUGAAGUUUGGACCAUAAACUUUUCUAGUAGCAGUGAAGCCAUUUAUUCUUCAUCGUUUAACAAAGCUACUGGCAUGAUUCAAUAAAGUAAGUGCCAUAAGUUAACAACGUUUAAAAGUUGAGGCAAAAAGGAUUGCCCGGCUUCAGAUUGAUUACGUAGGUGGUAUACGCAAUCGGUUAAUGGACAGAGAAUCACAGCCAUAUAAAGCUUCGAAAAAAGGCACGUGAGUGUGUUUUGGCCUCGGUUUUGGUCUGUUCUACGACUUCUGUCAACUUAAACUUGG